AAAUUGGCUGUAGACCACUUCAUUUUCUAGUGAAAAUGUUUGCAGAAAAUUAAGUAUUUCCACCAAUUAAAUAAAACAAAAAUCCUGUACUGAAAAAUAUUCCUAAACAAACCGAGAUACACGUGUGUAAACAGAACUAAACAGAUGGGCUUUUGACAGUUCUUAAAGUGAAUAGCUGCCAAAUUUGAAAUGAACUGUUCAGCCUUGCUUCACAAUGCUUACUUACAAAAACAAUAUAAAAUUAACCCUCUAAACCCAAAGUACAAAAUAUUUCUUGAGUGACGUUUGCUUAAAUAAUAGAGUGAUCUAUAAUUUGGCGUAAAGAAAUUCCAACAGUAAAUUAAUUUUAAAUUAAGGCACAGAGGAUAUAUUUUCCGCCCGUGAGCUGAUGGUGACCUAAUGGGGAGUAACAAUGUUACCAAUUUUUCCUGACGCGCAUGCGAUCUGAGUAUAUUCACGAACUUCUCUUUGGAAAACAUCUGAAAUGUCUUUAACGAAAGUGUACGACGCGCCCACAGUAUUUAGGCAUCUAAAUGGAAUCAUGAAUAUUUAUAAGCCGGCUGGCAUGAAGGUCAAGCAUGUAAAGAAUGCGGUACUACACAACAUAGCCAAAGAUUUAAAUGAAAUGAAAGUACGAGAACCUCGCAAAUUACAUACGCCACUUUUAGAACCAGGAGGAGAUGCCAAUCCGCUCCUUCGAAAAAUUAAUUCAAUCGAUUUAGCCGAUCACAUUUUAGCCACAGGACCACGUUACCAAAUAUCUGAUAUACGAUGUGCAUUAGUAGCCGGUUUAGGUAUACACACCAGUGGUGUGCUGUUAUUUGGCAUAAAUAAAGGAAUUAACCAGUCCCAACAAGUUCAGAGAAAUCGUCCUGUACGGGCCUAUCAUGUCACUGGUCGCUUAGGAAUGGCCACAGAAACACAUUUCCCCGAUGCACGUAUUACAGUAAGAGCCGAUUAUAGGCACGUUCAUCCCGACCGAGUUAGUGCUUUGGCUGCUUCUAUGCAAGCUUCACACCAACGCAAAAUGUAUGAACUUUGCGGUGUAGAUCUGCAGUCACAAGCUGCAUACGAGAUCGCUUGCAAAGGCCUCUUACGUCCAGCCGAUAAUACACAACCCGUAAUUUAUGGUAUUAAACUGAUAGAUUUCCAACGGCCAGAUUUUACUUUAGAGAUACAUGCAAUAAACGAAUGUGAGGAAUACCUUGCAUCCCUGAUAAAUGAGGUGGGUAUAGAGUUACGUACAGUGGCGCACUGCACAUCCAUACGCUGCAUUCGACACGGCCACUAUGGUGUCGAAACGUCCCUGUUGCGACAUGGUUGGAACUUGCGUGGUGUCGUAAAAAACAUGCGUGAGCAACGUCAAGUUCUGCAAAAGCAUCCACAUCUUAUAAAUCAAGACAAAAUCGAAUUGAGAAAUGAUUAAAUAAAAUAAUAUAAAUUUAU